CUCAUUAUCUUUUGCUGAAAUGUCUAACAUACUGCAAGCAAUUGCACGAAGCCAUUUCGGUCGGCUCCAGCAGCGGCAACACAACCAAGUCAAAGGAGCAUUCUUCGUACGUCAGUUUAGAAUUUCAUUGACGGCUGCUAAGAAGGAAACCCCAAAUACUAGUACAAAGCCAAUUCAGAAAGAAAUGCGGAACAAAAGCAACAACACAAAUAAAAGAUUUAGCAGCAUACGCAACAAUAAUGCGGAAGCUUACCAAGUGUUGGCACAGCCAUUUGCGGGACGGCAAAACCAGCGCUCAACAUUAUUGUACGCCAAAUCCGCAAUGGAUUUACGGCUCAAUUCUUGUGUGCGUGCCGUGCGCUCCCCCGCCGCAUUUGCCGCGCCCCUGUGCUGCUACGCCGGAAUAAAAGCAGGUAUAGGAUGGCGCGAUUCUCUUCUCUCAAUCCCGAAAAAAUGGCUUUCCACUGCAGAGUCGGUCGACGAAUUUGGCUUUCCCUGCGCACUACCAAAAGUACCAGUCCCACCGUUGGAGGAGACCAUGGCUAAUUAUAUACUCGCCAUUGAAGCUUUCACGACACCGGCAAAACUCGAAUGUACGAAACUUUUGAUUAAAAAAUUUAUGGGUCCAGAUGGUAUUGGUCAAAAAUGUCAUCAAUAUUUAAUGGACAAGCGUGAAGCUGAGGAUAAUUGGGCUUACAAUUAUUGGCUAAAUGACAUGUACAUGGAUGUUCGUUUGCCUUUGCCAAUCAACUCAAAUCCCGGCAUGCCAAUGCCACCCGUCCGUUUUACAACGGUGCACGACGUGGCACGCUUUGCAGCACACCUAUUGAGCGGCAUCAUGAAGCAUAAGGAACUACUGGACAGCGGCAAUUUACCCAUCGAUCGUGCGGGUUCUCGAGAGAAGAAUCAACCACUAUGCAUGGCACAAUACUACCGACCGCUAGGUUCAUGCCGCAGACCUGGUUUGGAACGGGACACACAGUACUUAGCAGAGCGCGGCGAGAAAAGCGACGAACAUGUGAUUGUGGUGUGUCGCAACCAGAUGUAUUGUGUUAACUUGAAAACCAGUAGUCGCGGCCGAAUAUCGGAGACUGAAAUCGCUUCAAAUAUCUUGUAUGUACUCAGCGAUGCACCCUGUUUGCCAACUAAACCACCAAUGGUGGGCUUACUUACUGCCGAGGAGCGCACACGUUGGGCCACAAACCGCAACUUACUGCUGGAGAAUGAAGUCAAUCAGAAUAGUAUUAUGUUGAUUGAGAAAGCUCUGUGUAUGCUAUGCAUCGACGAACCGCUACCGAAUACAUUCAAUGCUUAUACGUUCACUGGCGCCACGCCCACAGGCUAUUUAGUGGGUGAUCGCGAUGAUACGAAUAUGUUGCACGAAAUGAUACAUGGCGGCGGUAGCAAUUACAAUUCGGCUAAUCGUUGGUUCGACAAAGUCCUACAAAUAAUCAUCUGCACCGACGGUACUUGGGGUAUUAACUACGAGCAUUCCUUUUCCGAGGGCGAUGCCAUUGUGAAUGUCAUAGAGAAAAUCUAUAAAAGUAUGGAAGAAAAGCAAUCGGCAUGCAAUAGUGUACCGUCGGACCCGACACCCGAACGCAUACCGUGGGUCAUAACACCGCAAGUGGAUGAACGUAUUAAGCAGGCCGCUGUUGCAGUGGACAAGGCAAUUGGAGACUUCGAUUUGUAUGUGUACCGUUACAAAGGUUAUGGCAAAAACUUCAUCAAGCAAUGCAAGUGCAGUCCGGAUGCCUUCUUGCAGCUCAUGCUACAGUUAUCCUAUUUCAAAUUGUAUGGUCAUUUCGUAGCCACUUACGAGAGUGCUUCCACUAGGCGAUUCUUGUUGGGUCGAGUCGACUGCAUACGAGCUUCCCACAAAGAGGCACUGGAAUGGGCCACAGCCAUGUGCCAGGGCGAAGGCGCAAAUGUGCCCUUGGAGAGUGAGAGCGAGGACGACGAUGCGCGUAAAGUCAAAUUCAGCAUUUAUAACAAAGAUAAGCUCAAGGAACUUUUCCGCAUUGCCUGCAAUCGUCAAACAGAAAUUAUGGUUCAAAAUAUACUAGGGCACGGCAUUGAUAUACCAUUGUUGGGCUUACGUGAGGCCAGUAAGGAAUUCAACAACGGUCAGGUGCACGAACUUUUCAACCAUGAAACGUUUCAAACUGCCAAUAUUUUCUUGUUGAGCACAAGUCAGGUGGCUACCAAAUCGGACGCUUUCAUGGGUUAUGGCGCUGUAACGCCACGUGGCUAUGGCUGCUCCUACAAUCCACAUGCCGAUGAUAUUACAUUUUGUAUAUCGGCAUUUUUCUCCUGUGAGGAUACAAGCACCACGCGUUUCGCCAAAUCGCUGAAGGAGUCGCUGGACAUGAUGAAGGAUCUCAUGAAAGAUGAAACGGACCAAACGAAAUGAGGCAUAAGCGACAAAGAGUCGUGCCAACAACAGUUUAUGGGUGGUUUGUUGGUAACGAGCUAAUAUACAAGAACAAACGUUAAAUAACAAAUAGCAAGCAACAAAGUAACAAAUAUACUUAUACAUAUCAGCAAGCGUACCUUAACAUUGUAAUGAACUGCGUUGAAAUUAGUUAAAUGUACACAGAUUAUACCUAAAUACAAUGUGUUAUAUAUAUAAUAUACAUAAACACAUAUAUAAUAUACAUCUAUAUGUAUGUAUGUACUAGAGAAAUUUAUGAAACUGUUGAAAAUCUUAUUGUUAGUUGAAAAAUAUAAAGAUUAUAUAUACUAUAUCUAUCGUAGGGCAGAGUGAGAGUAAGCAAAUCUCAAUUAUAUGUGUAUGUGUAUGCACAAGUAAUAACUAUUUUCGUUGAAGAAAAAUUAGUAGCAAAUGAUUGCCUUUAAAGACAUUUGCUAAAUAAAAGAGACACCACCAUUAAAUGAAAGAAAUAAAUUAAAUAUACCUAUAUAUGGUUGAUUGUCAUAUAGAUCGACAUUUAUAUAAGCAUAUUGCAGCUGAGUGUAGAAAGAAAUGGUUUUCACCAACUCAAUGGCAUAUUACAUAACUGAUUUACCAGAAAACUCGACGACUAAAUAAUACUCAGAGCAUUAAAACAUCGGUUCUACCACAAUAUACUAAAUAU